AUGGCUACCGGCGAGAUGGUUAAAUGCACUGAGCAAGAGUGCAUAGAUUUUGUAUAUAAGGCGAUGCCAUCUUCUUUAGAGUUUGAUGACGAUGGUAACAUGCUUGAACCUGGCAGAGAAGGCUCAGGCCAACAAUUAGCGGACGCGUUUGACUAUCUAGAACUGUUUGGGCUGCUACGAGAAUCGGACUAUCGGUUUCUCGGUCAAAGGAGACUUGUGGAUUGGAGUGAGCGGCCAGUGGGGAUGCCAAGAAUUUAUAUUAUGGACUAUUUGUGGAUUGAAGAUCAUCGUGAUGACACCAUAAGGCAAAUGCUUGAGAUGAAGGGCCCUUUAGUUGCGAGGAUCACAUCGUUCCCCGAUUUUUACUAUUGGAGUGAUGAGGAUGAAGUUUUCAUCGGUCCUGAAUAUGAAUACGAGUACUUUGAAGAUUACUCGAUGCAUGUUGUUCUCAUAGUGGGAUAUGGAGAGCAAGACGAGACUCCAUAUUACAUCAUCAAAAAUAGCUAUCGCACAGACUCGGGCCACAAGGGUUACGCCAAGAUUCACCGGAGGUUGAUUCAUAAUUACGAAGCAUUAUAUGGUCCGUCAGAUACAUAUAUGAUAGACCCUCAAUGA